AUGAAGGUCUCCGCGGCUGCCCUCUCUCUCCUCAGCUCACCAUUACUUCUGCCAUUCACAGCCAGGCAAGUGAAAAUUCCUGAGUCGGUGAACCCUCCACCCGCCUGCUGCCUGAAGUAUCAUGAGAAAGUAUUGCCAAAAAAAGUGGUGGUGAGAUACAGAAAGGCCCUCAACUGCUACCUGCCAGCAAUCAUCUUCAUCACCAGAAGGAAACGAGAGAUCUGUACCAACCCCAAUAACGAACGGGUCCAAGAAUACAUCAAGGAUCCCAGACUACCUUUGCAUCCUUCCAGGAAGUUGGUCUAGGUUAUUAACAUUAUUCGAUCUGAGAAAGGUCAGCCCCAGAUCCUCAACUGCCCAUGGUGGUCAGGCCUCAAUGGGAGCCCAAGUUUGGGGGAAAAAUGGUGCAACCCUGUGAAAAUGCAGGCAGCCUUGUGGUCUGAAUGACAGAGUUACAUUCAGAGAAGCAGGCCAGUGAUCCCACAAAGUAAAGUUUCAAAUAUAUUCUCAAUCUCUGGAGGACAUGCCAAAGUUAAGGGAGGAGAGCAGGGAUACAUUCUUAAUGCACAGAAAAGCAUCUUUCACAUCCUCCUCCUUGCUCUGCUUUCAGAUCCUCACAUCACUCCAGCCGUUCUAAAUGAUCAGACCACCUCUGGCCUCUCACUCACUGAGACCCAGAGGACUCAAGACUUUUCCUGUCCACCCUUAUCCCUUUUCUAGGUCUCUUUUUUCUUCUAUUAUCUUUUCUUUUAAAAAAUAACUUUUUUCUUAGCAGGCCAGGGUGGGAAUAUUCAAAUACUAGUGAUUUUUGUCCCUGUUG